GCGUGCGAACAGGCUGGAGAAUCUGAAGCUUUAAAUUUUAUUUAAUAGAGUCAACAAAUUAAGAAAGAAAAACAUUGAAAAUGGCCAGCCCCGUGGAACUGCUCAGCCUCUCCAAUCCCGUCUUCAAAAGCUUCACCUUUUGGGUCGGAGUUUUGGUUAUCAAAAUUUUUCUCAUGAGCCUUUUGACCGCCGUCCAGCGAUUCAAGACGAAGACCUUCGCCAACCCCGAGGAUCUGAUGUCCCCCAAGCUGAAGGUCAAGUUCGACGAUCCGAAUGUGGAGCGAGUGCGUCGUGCCCAUCGCAACGAUCUGGAGAACAUCCUGCCCUUCUUUGCCAUCGGCCUGCUCUACGUGCUGACCAACCCGGCCGCCUUCGUGGCCAUCAACCUGUUCCGGGCCGUGGGAAUCGCCCGCAUCGUCCACACGAUCGUCUACGCCGUGGUCGUGGUGCCCCAGCCAUCCCGCGCCCUCGCCUUCUUCGUGGCCCUGGGCGCCACCGUCUACAUGGCGCUGCAGGUCGUCCUCGCGGCCGCCUUCUAGGCACCUAGAUCUAGUCUUUCAUGUUUUUUUUCAACCAUUUUUGAAUUAAUUUCUUAAAUAUAAAAAUACACCUGCCUGGGUAGCGGUGCUUUUGGAUCACA